CAUCAUCCGACUCAAUCCCGAACGAAACGCCCAUAGCUUCGCGCGCAAAAAAUAAAUAAAAAAAACCCUCUCCCACGUCACACAGCCCGCCCGCGAACAACCCAACGUCCGCAUCGGUCCUUUUCUCCCCUUCGGCAGUCCCGCCUCCUGUAAUCGAAUCUCACCAGUCUCCGAAAAUGUCUGCCUCCAUCCUCCGCGUCGCCGCUCGCGGCUCGACCACCCUCUUCCGUGCGAACCCCAUCCGCCAGCCUCUCGUCGCCCGUUCCGGCAUGCUCCUGCCCGCCAUCGCGGGUGUCCCGGCCGCCAACACCUUCAGCACCAGCUCCCGCCUCCGCUCCGGCGACCACGCCGAGGAGACCUUUGAGGAGUUCAGCGCGAGAUUUGAGAAGGAAUUCGAUGGCGUCCAGGACGUUUUCGAGCUUCAGCGCAACCUCAACAACGCCUUCGCCUACGAUUUGGUCCCCUCCCCCUCCGUCGUCGCCGCCGCCCUCAAGGCCGCCCGUCGUGUCAACGACUUCGCUACCGCCGUCCGCAUUUUCGAGGGCGUCAAGGCCAAGGUCGAGAACAAGGGUCAGUACGAGCAGUACCUCGAGGAGCUCAAGUCCCUGAGGGAAGAGCUCGGCGUCCCUCUGAAGGAGGACAUCUACCCCGAGGAGAAGAACUAAACGUUCUCGCGAUCUAAAACGACCGGGGAGAUCAAAGCAGGGCAAACCGUCUAACCGGAUUCGAGUCCUUGGAUACGGCUGGGAUGCGAGUCCCGGCCGGGCCAGAAUCAACCAUGAACCAAACUUGUAUAUUCUACAGGGGAGUGAAAGAGGAAAGAAGGGAAGAGCAAACCCUACAGAGUCUGCUUGCCGCGCGCGUGUGUGUGUGUGUCUUGUGUGA